AUGACAGUGCCACAUCGUAUCGAUACCGGAAGUGACUACAGCCUAGUCCAAUGGAAUCCAGAUGCUCCCGACACAGCAGACGCAACACGGCGAGGCCAACCGAUAAAGCGCAGGCUACUUGUCAGGGACUCGCAAUACGAGAUCUUGCCACGGCCCUCGAGCAACGACGCUGUGUCCUCGCCAGGGGAUGGACGCACACGCCCACAGCCCCGGCAUAAAGGAUCGUGGGGCUGGUCGUGGGAGCUGCUCAGCGUGGCGAUGGUGAUCGGAUGCUUUGGCGGCAUCAUAGGCCUUCUGAUCUCCCUCGACGGCGGACCGGUGCCGGAUUGGGGAGCAGGAUUCACGGUCAACGCUGUUCUGUCGAUAAUUGUCACGGUCAUGAAGGGUGCCAUUGGUAUUGUCAUCGCCGAAUGCCUCUCACAGCUCAAGUGGUCGUGGUUCAAGCGCAGCCGUCGACUCAUUGAUUUGGUCAUUUGGGACGAGGCAUCCAGAGGAGCUUGGGGUGCAAGGCGUCUAUUGAUGACGGCACGGACUUGGUACUUGGGCUAUAUUGGCGCUUUGACAGUCCUGGCUGCCUUCAUCAUCGGCCCGUCAAUUCAGCAGACGGUUGAAGUCGUGGUUCGCCAGGUGGAGCUGCCGAGUAACGCAACGAUGCCAGUGUGCAACAGCUCAUACUACCAGAACGUUGGUUUGGGUGGCGGUGCGGGUUUGAAUAAGGUGGAUUUGACAAUGCUAGGGAGCAUAUACAACGGUUUUGUACAAACAACGACCUUAUCAGGCUUGCGGCCAAACUGUCCAAGCGGCAAUUGUACAUUUGGGAUGUACCAAAGUCUCGGCCUCUGCACAGAAUGCUUUGACAGAUCCGAUGAGCUGAUCUUCCUGAACACCACUUCCAACGAGACCAUAGCAGGAGAGGAAUGCACCAAGUCGUAUAGUUGUGCGAAGCUGUGGCCUGGUGGUGGUCGCGCACUUAGCGCAUACGGGACGAUCAAUUCGACAGUUGAUGAUGUCUUCAAUCUGACAGACGACUCGAGCGUCACCUCUGUCGACAGGAUGACGGACCCAAUCGUCUACGAGUGGAAAGCUGUCACAGAUCCGAGAGAUACAAAGGUUUACCGGCCGCCCAGAGCCACCCAAUGCAAGGUACGCUUCUGCGUCAAGACAUACGAGUCUUCGAUCGAAGCGGGCGAGUUUCGAGAACGACUGAUCAAUUCGACAUGGGCUAAAUCCCUCAUAGUUGGCGACAGCCUCGACUUGGCCAGCAAUAUCACGAUUCCGGUUGAUCCAUGUUACGUCGACGGCGCCCCGAUCACACCUCCGCCAGGCGACAACAUCGCUGGCGACAACCCUUGCGUCUACCGACUCCCCGACAUGUCCUCUCUCGCGUUCGCAAACUCGUUCGAUAGUUUCGUUAUCGGCAGUGGGUCGUCAAUUGCCUCGAAUCGCCACAGCUUUGAGAACGAUGUGAUCCAGGCUAUGUACGGCCUGUUCAAGAGCGAGGACCUCAUGAGUGAGGAGUUGGGGAGCUUUGCCAGCGUGGAUCGCGCCUGGGCAUCCAUGGCCACCGUGGUUACGGACUACGCGCGCAGUGCGCCGGAUACUUGUGGCGGGGCGACGGCGCUAGGCAUCCAGCUCCAGGACGAGCUGUACCUGAAGGUUCACUGGGUAUGGUUGACCCCCACGGCGGUGGUGUUUGCCGUAUCGGUAGCCUUCUUCGUGGCAACCGUGAUACACUCAUGGGGCGAAGAUCUAUGGAAAAGCUCCCCUCUCGCAUUUCUGGCGGCUACAGCGUGGAGUGAUGGAAGGAAGAUGGCGGUGCAGGACAUCUGGAAAGACGAGGAAACCCAGGCCGACAAGGCGGCUCUGGAGAGGUCGGCGAAAAGGUUGGAAGUGAGGCUCGAGCCGGGUAAUAGAUACGGAUGA